CAAAGGGACCAAGGUUUAUUCCUACACAAACAUUCAUGGUUGUGUAGCUCGUAGGAAGCAGCACAGUUCCCUCAAACAGGGUCAUUGUGUCUCUUCAGAACCGUGCCGUCCAUCAGCCUUCAGCUCUGAUCAAUCAGGCUGAUUGACAAACCGAUCGGCGCCGCUUCCUGCUGCUCUGCUGGAGACUCACACGAAAACGAGGACGUAACCGACGUGUUCUUCAGGCUUCUGUCACAUCCGGUCACCGUCCAUACUCCACUUCACUCUACAGGGGAAGUACUUGGACAUAUUCAGCUCAUGUAUUAUUGGUUAAACCCACACAGAGAGGGAGUGGACAUAUUCAGAACCCGGUCGUUCUGUCAUUAGAGGUGGAUCUCUCUGGUGGAUUGACAGCAUCAUGAACAGGCUCCUCCUCCUCGCUGCGCUGCUCCUGCUCUCCGUCCUCCCCGCUGCGCCGGCGGAGGAGUCCGUUCCCACCUUCGAGCACCGGGACCCUUUUACCGGGGAGACCCUCAGCUGCGCCAAGUGUCCACCGGGAACCCACGUGGUCGCGCACUGCACGGCCAGCACGCCGACGCAGUGCGCGCCGUGCGGGGAGGACCGCUUCACGGCGCUGUGGAACUACCUGCCCAGGUGCCUCUACUGCAGCAACUUCUGCAGCGACAACGAGGAGGUGGAGACCGAGUGCUCCCCGACCACCAACCGCGUCUGCCGGUGCCGGCAGGGCUUCUACCGGCUGGAUGACUUCUGUGGUCACUCCGAGUGCGGCCCCGGACAGGGAGUUCCAACCACAGACUAGUGGUGCAGAGACAACGCAGAGGAGCUUCGGUGACGCCGCCGGGACUGACGACCACAUCUGAAAUCGAUGGGACCCGUGGAGGCACCUGGAGCUCCAGUAAAACACCUCCGGCUCCCAGUUUAUGUGCAUUUGUGUGUGUGUCUGUGGUGUUUAUGGGGCUGCAGCAGCAUAUUACAGAAAGCACCGAAGAAAAUCAGGUUUCUGUUUGGUUGUAAAAUCCUGUGCAGAAGAUGACUGAAAUAGAGACUUAGCUGAGGGCUGCAACUUAUUUUAUUUCAGCUUGUAUUUGUUGACACGUAAAAAAUAAAGCAGCAGAAUUAUCUGCUAGCAGCUGCUGUUUGUGGUGCAUCACAGAUGAACAGACUGGAUCACUGUGAUGCUGAAGGAGACUAAAAACAGACAGAUUCUCAAUGGAGUUCUGAACUGUGUCUUUCUUGGGUUUCUAUGAAGAUUUAUAGUUUAUGGUUUAUCCUGUACAUCUACAUAAUGAAUAAAAGCUCAAAGAUUAUUUUAAUUAGGUAAUGUUUUUCCAGAACAAAUAAACAAACAAAGCCUUUCUGUAGUUUUUGGUUUGUAUUAAUGUACAAUUUUGUGUUUUUAGUCGUUAUUCUUGCACAGUAUCAGAAACUAAAGCAGGAGGAUCUCUGAGACUGAGGGAAACUUAAAAACAGACAGAUUCUCAAUGGAGUUCUGAACUGUGUCUGUCUCAAGCAUCUACGCAAAUUUCAAAGUAAAUCUGUUCUGUACAUAAUGAAUCAAAACUUGGAUUUUGAUCGAUUCAGCUGUUGUUUCUCCAAAGAACGAUCAAUUCCUGUUGUUUUUGUUCUGCAUUAUUUUACAAUUUCUUGUUUCUGGUCUUUAUUUGAGCACACUUUAAGGAAAUAAAGCAGCAGAAUCAUCUAUUAGCAGCUCCUGCUUUUAGUGAAUCAUGAAUAUAAAGACAGCUAUCACUGGAUCUCUGUGAUAUUAAAGGAAGCUUAAAAACAGACAAAUUCUUGAUGGAGUUCUGAACGCUUUCUUUCUUGGCUUUCUAGGCAAACUUCUAGGCUUGACUUUAUGAUCUGCUCUUUAUAUAAUAAACAAAAGCUUAAAUAUUGAUUUCAUUUGUUGCAGUUUUUCAAAAAUCUAUCAAUUCCUGUUGUUUUUCGUCUCUAUUAAUUUACAAUUUCUUGUUUUCGGUCUUUAUUUGUGCACAUUUUGAGAAAAUAAAGCAGCAGAAUUCUCUA